UCGAAAUCCAUCGCCGAAUGCAGGCUAUUUAUGGGGAUGACUGUAUCGACGUGAGUACUGUACAUCGAUGGGUCCAAAAAUGUAAAGAUGGGGAAUCGGGAAGAACCGACUUGUCUGAUCAAGAAUGAAAUGACAACAACCUACAAGUGAGAAAGGAUGAUAAACGGAAGAACAAUCAGGCAUCACUUGAAGGGAAAUCGCUGUCUAUCCUGGCAUUUUACAGGGUUGAGCGGGUCACGCAUUAUUGUCCUCUUUCAGCACUGGAAGGUAUUUCUCAACAUGUCAAUAAAUCCAAUGACAUACGAAGCCCAGUUCUUUGGUUUUACCCCUCAAACGUUCAUGUUGCGGAUAUAUUUUGCUUUUCAAGAUCAUCUUUCUCAUAUAAUGCUGGUAGUGGAGAAAGUUAUAUUGAAUAAACUAGAGAGCAUCUGUCCUAAUCUUACACCUACUUUAAUACGGAGGAGCACAGAAAAUUUUUUUGCUUUCAUGAAGGAACGCUUUGACAAUCUGUUCACUAAGAUGGAAGAACCUCUUUUAAGCACGGUUUUAAGCAUCCCCAAGAACAUUUGUCUUCCAGAAGAUAAACUCCAAGAGGAAUUCUGCUACACGGCAAAACAGUUUCAAGAACUGGAGAAUGAAAUCAGCCAGCUUGAAAGAGAACUUAAAGCUGAAAUGUGUGCAGAGCAAGCCCUAAAAACAGAACUGGAAGAGCAAAAGAUUGUCCAGGGGCAUCUUGAAGGGAUUCUACCAUGGUUUGAUGGUCUUGACAAUAUAGGCAGAAAUGAAGGGACUGGAAAUCUUAAAGAAAGCUUUGCUGCCUUGACAAAAACUGCCGCUAAACUGCAUAAUAUUGUGCAGGAAGUGGAGGGAAAAAUGAACAGACUGAGAAAGUGACUGUGUAAUAAUACAAUAAACAUAUUUCAAUCCAUUCUU